UAAAGAGCGCCACGAGUCGGCAUUGUCAGGCGGCGGUACCGUGCGGGCCUAAGCAAGUCUUUUGGGCGGUGGGUUCCGUGCAGCGGUGGUCGAGGAGGAGCGCGCGAAGUUGCGGCAGCUCCGUUGGCGGAGGGAGGGGAGACCGGGCAGCGCGAGCUUGAGCGCGGCGGAGCCUCGUGGCACCUUCCCGGCGGGUGGGGACAAGCGGGCCUCGCGGCGUCACCGGCGGCGAGGGGCCGCCGCGCUCCGGUCUAAUGUCGGAAACCGGUGAGGAGCAGCUCAUGGAGACGACGGGCGCCACCGAGAACGGGCACGAGGCCGCCCCCGAAGGCGAGUCGCCGGCCGGGCCGGGCAGCGGGGCCGCGGCGAGCGCUGGAGGCGGGAGCGCGGCACCUCCGGCGGGCAACCAGAACGGCGCCGAGGGCGACAAGAUCAACGCCAGCAAGGAAGAGGAGGACGCGGGAAAAAUGUUUGUUGGUCACCUGAGCUGGGAUACCAGCAAAAAGGACCUAAAGGAUUAUUUUACCAAGUUUGGAGAGGUCGUUGACUGUACAAUAAAAAUGGAUCCCAACACUGGCCGGUCAAGAGGAUUUGGGUUUAUUCUCUUCAAAGAUGCAGCUAGUGUGGAGAAGGUCCUCGACCAGAAGGAGCACAAGCUGGAUGGCCGUGUCAUUGACCCCAAGAAGGCUAUGGCCAUGAAGAAGGAGCCUGUAAAGAAAAUUUUUGUGGGGGGUCUGAAUCCUGAAGCCACUGAGGAGAAAAUCAGAGAGUACUUUGGCGAGUUUGGGGAGAUCGAGGCCAUUGAUCUUCCAAUGGAUCCAAAGUCAAACAAACGACGAGGUUUUGUUUUCAUCACCUUUAAAGAAGAGGAAGAACCUGUGAAGAAGGUUCUAGAGAAAAAGUUCCACACCAUUAGUGGAAGUAAGUGUGAAAUCAAGGUGGCUCUGCCCAGAAAAGUCUAUCAACAGCAGCAGUAUGGCUCUGGGGGCCGUGGAAACCGCAACAGAGGGAACCGAGGCAGCGGUGGUGGCGGUGGAAGUGGAGGAGGUCAGAGUCAGAGUUGGAAUCAGGGCUACGGCAACUACUGGAACCAGGGCUACGGCUACCAGCAGGGCUACGGGCCCGGCUAUGGCGGCUACGACUACUCGCCCUAUGGCUAUUACGGCUACGGCCCCGGAUACGACUACAGACAGUGAACCUACAAUCAAGGAUGCCCCCUCCUGGCUGAAAUGUAAUAGCCUACUCUGGCAGCACCUAUUUGCUGCUGGAUUGGAGCACCUCAAGUCUGGUGGCAAGAGGAGGCAGCAGGCUGUGGGACUGGCUCUAGGUGGUCGGAGCCUGAAAAGGAGUUUUGUUUCCCCUCACUCCUAGAAGGAACUGGCUGGGGAGGACGUGGCUGCUCUUGCCCUCUUGCCUCAGCCAACAAAUGCAAACAGUUGGAGAUUUUCUGGCAGGAGUGUGUGGAGAGAGUUCAAGGUAGCCAGAGCCUCCCAAUGUUGGAAGUACCCUAUGGGAAGGGGACAUUACUUGAAACAAAAUUUACAAAAAAAAAGCUUGGUUUCCUGGGGGGUACAGAACGGUUCAGGAACCCAGUUGUGGCCUACUCACCUAGUAAAGGACAUGACAGGGCAGGGCUACCAGAGGGCUGGGGCCUUAGUGUCUCACAACUUCGCACCUUUUCUUCCAUGUCUGAAAAAGACCCCAUGGCCACCCAAACUGGUUAACCUUUGUCGUCUGCUAAAGGCUCCUCCUGCCUUCAGUGUCUAAGCUUCUUGGAUGGCAGUUUGGAGUUGGCCUCACUGGAUAGGGCCAUGAUCCCCCACACUUGACCUGUAUGUAUGUGGCACCAGCCACAGGAUCAGCAACAAUAUUCCCAAAGGAUAAAGCCUGCCCUCAAGUUUCCCAAGACCCAGAUUCAACCAGAGGCUUCUAUAGGAAACCUAAGCUAGUGUGCCUCACCUCAUCCAGCAAGUUUUAUACCACUUCCCAAUUGUGUACAGGGGGUUGGCCCUCAGCUCUGGAGCACUGGGGGCAGAAGUGAAAUAGCCCAGAGGUGGAGGACAGGGCGGGGUGGUUCUGAUCUCCAUCUAAGAGAGGGGACUUUGCCUAUUUAGGGGGCCACCCCUGCCCAGAGCUUUGCAUGCAUAGCCCUUGGGGGUGGGGUGGCUCAGCUCCCACCUCCCCAGUGCUUGGGAAGCCUCACCAGCACAGACAGAAAUAGAAGUGACCUGGGCCAGUAAGACCCCCUCUCCACUUGAGCUCCUUGCUUCCUGCACUGUCCAGAGGAUACCUAGCUCAGCUGUUCCACCCCCUUCCCCUGAGUACACUAGACCAUUGUAGCUGCUGGGCUGGGUCCUGGGCACAUGGUCAGCUGGACACCGGGCUUUACGCUUACCUGUUAGGAUGGCAUCCAGCUUUGCCACCACAUGUUGUACGUUGUCCAGGCUGAAGCACAUUGGGGGCUUAAACUUCAGGACAUUCCUCCCAGGGCCGUCAGUGCUUAGCAAAAUGUAGUUUUCCUUCAGCCUGUAGGACAGGACAUAACAGAGCCUUGCUACACCACCAGCCCAGGGCCCUUCACAUGGUUUUCAAGGCUUUCCUGCACCUGGCAUUGGCCACUUGGCUAGGUUUCCAGCCACAAUGCUCUUGGAGCCCUUCACAGCCCCCCCCCCCGCAUGGGGCACUGGCUACCCCUUGCAAAACUUUAUUCCCAUCCUUUGUGCCCUGGUGUGAAUGGCUCAUAUGGACCUGGCCCUGAGAAGGGGCAUAGUCUUAACUGCCCCUGGAGUUCCAGUCUAGUCUGUAGUCCCUGUGUUUCCCACUUCAUGUAUGGUUUAUAUGAUGUGUAUGGCUUGCUUUGUAAAUGUAUGGGAAAUGUCCAACAUUACAAAGUGGUACAAUGAACUCCAUCCCCUUAUCUAGUUUCAGUAACUUCCCCUGCUCCCUGCACACAGGUAAUAUAAUUUCCAGACAGCUCUUGUCAGUUUAAUUUCCAGUUCUUUUUAGGAGGGUGACUUUACCAUACUUAAUACUAUCAUUGAUAUGUAAGAGUGUCAUUUUUAAUAUUCCACAUUUAUACUUUUAACCUAGGAAGCUGCCCUGGCCAGGUAGCUCAGUGGGUAAGACUGUUGUCCUGACAUGCCAAGGUUGCAGGUUUGAUCCCUAGUUAGGGCACAUAAAGGAAUCAGCAAGUGAAUGCAUAAAAAAGUGGAACGACAAACCAGUGUGUUUUUUCUCAGUGCUAUCCCCCCCUUCCCCAAUCCCACCUAGGAAGGCAUUUUGGCUACUGAGAGAAGGGGUCUAACAUGAUUGUAGAAAGCCAAUGAGGGAAUCAUUGAUCAGCUGCCUCCUGUACACCCCCCACCAGGGAUUGAGCCUAUAACCCAGGCAUGUGUACUGACAGGGAAUCAAACUGAUCAGGUUCAUAGGAUUUACAUUUUUUAAAAUUUAUAUUAGGAGCCAUGGUGUCCCAGACUAUGGCAGUGCUAGAAAGAAUAGCCCUGGCCUUAGCGUGUUCGGUUCGGUAGAUAGAGCAUCGGCCUGUGGACUGAAGGGUCCCAGGUUCAAUUUCCAGUCAAAGGCACAUGCCCAGAUUGUGGGCUCGAUCCCCAGUAGGGGGUGUGCAGGAGGCAACCAAUCAAUGAUUCUCAACAUUGAUGUUUCUCUCCCUUUCUGAAAUCAAUAAAAGUAUAUUAAAACAGAAAAAGAAUAAGGUCUGGACUUCAAAUUCAGGUCUACCACCUACUAGAGAUGAAACACCAAAUUCUUGGUAACAGAUUCCUAGCUGAACUGGAGAAAUCACAAGUGGCUAUGAGAUGGGGAAAUCAGGCUGGGCCUCAAAUCUGAUUCCUUCCAAUGGGUCAUGCUGGCUGGAUUCCUGAGCUGAGGCUGGGGUGGGGUGAGCAUGGGGUAGCUGAGUGGGCAGAUGUGUCUGACCAGCAGAGAGAAGGCAGGGACUGGAUAGUCACUUAGGGGAGGAGUCAGUCUCAAAAAACUUCAUGGAGGGGAAGAUUUUUUUUUACAUCCUUACUGUUUUAUGUGAAUUUCAAAUGCAGAAUGAUACACAUUUCCCAAGGAUUUUUUGAGGUGGGGGAAAGGAUAGGCGUGAGGAAUGGAGAUAAAAGGGGAGAAAGGUGCUGAGGCUGGAGUCCUACCUGGAUUCAAGUGAAAAAUGUGAACUGGUUUGGGCAGGGGGCUUCUAAGUCCAGAGAUGAUGCUCCAUCUAGACAUACCCACCCAGACGAACAGGAGUCCUGUCCAUCCCCUGUCCCUGGUGUGGCCCUGGAGAAGCUCUGCAAAGGCAACUUGCUUGAAGAAAAAGUACCUGGAUACCAAAUAGUCAGCUUCUUCGGUGGCUGGCAUCCUUGUGGCCUCAUCUUUGAUCAAAUCCACACCAAUAAAAAGUCCGACGCCCCUGGAGCAGAAGGUGACAUCUCAGGAGUCCAGGCCUGAGGGACCACGGGCCUAGCACUUGCCCUGUGCCUGGGUCUCAGCCAAGCCCCAUUGGAAAGUCCACCAGGGCUUGUACCUCUGUCUCCUGGGGACAGAGUCACAGGAACUGGUGGUGGUGGUGUGGGUCUAGGAAGUAAUUGCAAUGGGGAAGGGCUCUCACUUUUGACAGAGGAAAGAUGGAGGGGCAGGGAGUCAGAGCUACUUGAUCCUGACUUUUCCCCUCCCUAGAAGUGCCACUUUGGACAACAGCCCCUCUAGGUGCUUCACUUCUUUCCUUGUGGAGACUCCCACCAUCCCAGGUGGUUAGGAGGUG